UUGGGUUUUGAAGAAGGUGAAAUACUACAAGCCAUUUCCCAACUCAAAAGAGUGAAAGGAAGAUUUGAAACCAUCAUAUCCAACGGAGGAAUUUACUUUGUUGUGGAUUACGCACACACUCCAGAUGCUUUGGAAAAUGUGUUAGAUUCCAUCAACGAGAUUAGAACCAAAAAUGAAAGACUAAUUACAGUGAUGGGUUGCGGA